CACUCAAAUCUGUUUUUCUGUACGAUUGGUGGCUCGUAAAGGCUGAUGAUGGUGAGGGAUUGGCUGUCGGAGGGUUUGCUUCCAGAGAAAAGUGAUCCAUGAAUUGAAAAGUCUGGCAUUGUGAAAAUGGAUGGUGAAAUCUAACUUUUGAAGAUUGCUCAGGACAGUCUGGUGCUAUAAUGAUUCCUUCCUCUCCUGUAUCCAAAAGGAUCGCAUAAUCUUGAAGUAUUAGCCUCCUGGAAUUUGUCGUUUGUAAAUUUUUGUUCAAUAUUCUUGUCAGCACAAUGGAGGCUAUUUCUAAGGUGGUUUCCACGAGAAUCUAGAUAUUCAAACUUCCUAAGAAGGUUAAAAUUUUCAUUUGGUUGCUUAUACAUUUUGAAGUUAAAAUGUUUGACGUCAUCCUGAAAAAAAAUUGAUAUAUCAUGUUGAUCAUAAGCUAUGAGUUAUCCACAAAAUAGUGGUGGAAUGUCUUUGGUGUUUUCAAUUUCAAAGUAGCAUAAAAACGGGGAUGAGUAAUCAUCAAUGGGUGCUGACAAAAAAAAAGAAAUUCAACUGGUGUCAGCUCUCAAAUACCAGAGAACUCAUUGAUCAACUGCUUUCAGGUUACCUGUGAAGGUAGACCCAGAUUUUGUUCUUGAAAAGGGAAAGGUUGAAAGAAAUUAAUAGAACCGCAGAGUAUGAAGGCGAUAAAUGAUGAAAUCUUCCGAAGGAGAAAAAGUGAAGCCGUUCAUUCUUUAUGCAUGCAUUUUUUUUCAAGACUGAGGAAUUAAGUUCUUGAUUAUUGACCUUCCUUCUAUUGGUCUGAUUGUGUAAAAAGGCAAACUGUUUCCGUUGGCUCAUAGAUUCAGAUCUUAUCUGUGCUAUUUCUUCUUCAUUGUGCUGUGGACCUAGUUGGUUGCACUUAUUUCCCUUCUUUUGGGCAUGGGGAUUAAUGCUUUGUGUUCAAAGAUUUUUUCUCAUUCAUUAUUGCAGAAGAGCUGGGUUUAGAGUAUUUUAUUCUGCAGCGAUUUCUAAGAGACAUGAAUCCACCACUCUUGAGGCAACAGAUGGCAUUAUCAUUACAGUCAGUGGCUUCAUAAAUAGAUCAAGAACACGUGAAAAUGGCUUUCCACCGAAGGUGUACAAUCAUUUCCUUCUUGGUUUUCCCUUCAAUUGGAAAGACUAUAUGUGUUCUAGUUCGGAUAAAAAAUCUCCUUUCCAGUGUAUUCAAGCAAGUACCUCUCAUUCUGGCCGUCAAGGUACAAGCCAUAGUUUAGAACCUGACUUGGAUGAUCUUGCGGUAACUAGGUUGCAAGAUAUCUUCUUGUCCACUUAUGGGGAAUCUAGUCAUUACCUCUUUGCGAAGAGCCCAAAUUCAGUUAGUACUCCAAUGGAAAUUUUUAAGUCCGGACUAAAUAAGACCCCCAAAGUUUCUCAAAGAGUAAAUUCCUAUCAAGAUCUGAAGGAACAAGGUUUCCAGGAUGAGGGGAAAAAUGAUGUCGUAAAGGAUCCAUUGCACGCCAGUCAAGAACCUAAAUCUAAAACCGACAUGGAAUUCCCGAUUUCAGGAAGCAGAGGUGUUUGCACAAGAAGCAUGUCAAAGUUGAAAAAUUCUAGGAACAGAAGUAAAGAGAGUCUCAUGUCAGACUCUCGGAAGAGGCAAAAGCAUCGGGAGAAUAACUCUUCAUGUGAAAACUUAGGCAAGGGAACUGGACAGAAAGUUAAAAGUAGUUCAAAUGUUACAUCAAGACACGACUUUUCUAUUAGAUCUGAUAAGGAUGUUGACGCAAGCACAGAUAAAUCUAAGAGUAGAAGAUCAAGUCUUAGGCUGAUGAACAGAAAGCAGAAUCAAUAAGUGAUAUGCUCUGAGUUUUAUGAAAUGGUGAAGGUAUGAGAUUAGUAUAAUUCACUCCGAGUUCAUCCCAUAAAGAUGGAUAUGUAAAUCAAGCAUCUGCUGACUUUUGAGUUCAGCCUAAGGAUCACUGUCAGACAUUUGAGUUCAGCCCCCGGAUGCGAUCCAUCUUGGCUGACUUUUGCAGUAUGACCUCAGUGGUUUUUCGGUUAUUAAAUAUUGUCUUUGAAGAGAUUCUUUUGCCUCAAUUCUACUGGCAGGGUCUAGGAAAGGUAGAAAUUAUCCCACAAUUGUAGAUGUCUACUUUUUUUUCUUAUUACUGUGUAUGCAUAUGAAUUGCUUCUGAGAGGAUGUGUAUUUCUAAGGAUUUAGAAAAAUGGUAAUCUCCUUUUGGGAUCCAAUUGAUUCUUUUGGCUUAUGAACAGACUUCUAUAUUCCUAUGA